GAUAGUGAAACAGCUCGAAAUUUAUUUUUUAGAAAUUUUGUUAACAAAAAUGAAGAAUUUGUUGUUUGAUAUAACCUAUAGUAUUAAUUAUAGAAAUCGACCUGUCCUCACCUUGUUCUCCUGAUAUAAAUUUGCACCGUCUCCAUCCCUCAUCCUCUCUUUGGUUUUCAUUUUCGUCACCAUCCAAACAAUCAAAUCAAAGGCACCUAAAAUCCUUUCCUUCCCCUUUACUCUCUUCUUCUCUCCCCCAUUUCCUCACCUACUUUUACCUUCUCUUCUUCUUCCUUUGUGUUUACACAAUCUAAGCUACCCCCAUGGCAACUCCCCUCCCUAUCUGAUCCUGUGACCAGUUUUUUCCAAUACCCUCUUUCUCCUUCUCUCUUUUUUCAUUAUUAAAACCCUAAUGGAGACUCUUCAUGGUUCGGUACCAGCCGCGUGUGCGGACACCGCAGCCAACGGCAACACGGUGACGCCUUUUUUGAGCAAAACCUUCGACGUGGUGGACGAUCCGUCCACCGAUUCGGUCGUAUCGUGGAGUAGUGAUAACAACAGCUUCGUUGUCUGGAAAGUGCCCGAGUUUGCGAGGGACCUUUUGCCCAUGUAUUUUAAGCACAAUAACUUCUCCAGUUUUGUCAGACAACUUAAUACUUAUGGUUUUAAGAAAGUUGACCCUGAUCGUUGGGAAUUUGCUAAUGAGGGAUUCCUAAGAGGUCAGAAACAUGCCUUGAAAGCUAUCAGCAGGCGGAAGCCUGCUAAUGUCCAUUGUAAUCAGCAACAGAACUCAUCCAUUGGAGCUUGCGUUGAUGUAGGGAAGUUUGGGCUUCAAGAGGAGGUUGAAGGGCUUAAGAGAGACAAGAAUGUUCUCAUGCAGGAACUUGUUAGGGUGAGGCAGCAGCAGCAAGCCACGGACAACCAGUUGCAAGCUUAUGGCCAGCGUGUACAGAUGAUGGAGCAGAGACAGCAGCAAAUGAUGUCUUUUCUUGCUAAGGUCAUGCAAACUCCAGGUUUCUUAAACCAGCUUUUACAGCAGCAAAAUGAAUGCAACAGGCAACUGACUGGAGCAAACAAGAAGAGGAGACUCCAUAGGCAGGAUGAAGAAAAUUUAACUGGUGAAAAUGGUGCCGUAUCUCCAAAUGGUCAGACUGUAAAGUUCCAGCCUUUACUCAAUGAGCACCAGAUGAUGGAGGUGAACACAUCACCGAGGAGGGAACAUGGCGCUCCUCCUUCCAGUGCAUUACACAGCAGUAGCUCCUCCAGCGAGAUUGCGGAAGUGAUUCUUUCAGAAGUCUCACCAGCUUCUUGGCAGUCAUAUCUGCAAGCAGAAUCAGGGGUUCCCGACUCUAGUCUGUCAACAGCUGCUGCUCAAUUAACAACUGAGACAAGUGUGCAUAAAUCACUGAAAGAUGCAAUUUUCGGUAGCGUUCCUCAAAUGCUAGGAUUUGUACCUGAUAAUAUUGUUGGGCCUGAGAGCAGGAAUGCCGAAUAUCUUGAUCCAAUGUCAGUCGUAUCGAAUGCUACAAUGCCCACAGAAGCUGACGAGUCUUGUGCAGGUCAAGAUAUGGAGAUCAUGCUUGAUGGAAGCCCUAAACUUCCAGCAAUUAACGACACUUUUUGGGAACAUUUUCUUACAGGAAGUCCACUCACUGGGGACACAGAUGAGAUAAACUCGAGUUCCCUCGAAAAUGGUGCAUACGGUGGAUAGGAUGCAGUUUUAAGGGAGGAGAGUGGAUGGGAUGAAUCAUCUUUGCUGACAAAUAGGCCUUCUUUACAUCACAUUAGCAGGAAGGGGUGAUGUCCUACAAGUUGUAUACACAAAUACAUGUUUGUUUUUCUUGCUUUUAUGAGGUAAAACUUGUUACUGCCUAUGGUUUUAGAAGGCUUAAUAUUAUAUUCAAAUUUUGUAUUGGUAUCA